AGUCCAUAUUGAAAUGGCGUCAGUUACUGCUCGUGGUAUGACCCUUUGCAUCUUGGCGCUGUUAAACUUUGUCUUCGUUUUUAUAACCGGUGCAGACUUUGUUCGUUUUAUCUCAUUUCGAGCGAUAUAUCAUAACAUCACUGGAGAGUCGCUACUGUGUCAAGACUCUGUGCCAUGGUCUGUAGCAUUGCGGGACAGCUCUGUUCUCAAGUCUGUGGUUGUGGAUCUGGGGCUUCUGGCUCUUUUUAUUGUCCAGCACAGCCUAUUGGCCUGGGCUCCAGUCAAGCAGGCCUGUCAGUCUGUCCUGGGGGUACUGAACCGGGCCAUGUACUGCUCCACCACUGCUCUGGCUCUCCAGAUAUUGAUGCAUUACUGGCAGCCUGUGACAGAUGCACCCUGUCUCUGGUCAGUACGUAAUGCCCCAUGGAAUACCUGGUUCCCCCUGCUCUGUUUCACCUUGCACUUCCUCUGCUGGUCCAUCAUCUGCAGUAUACUGCUGAUCUUUGACUAUCCUGAACUACUGGGCAUCAAGCAGGUUUAUUAUGAGUGCCUUGGUUUGGGAGACCCUCUGGCUCUCAAGUCCCCCCGGGCUCAGCGUCUCUUCGCCCACCUGCGUCACCCCGUGUGUGUGGAGCUGGCUGUGGUGCUGUGGCUCCUCCCUGCCCUGCCCCUGGACAGGCUGCUGCUGGCAGGGAGUCUGUCGGCCUACCUGGCCCUGGCUCACUCCCUGGAUACGCAGGACUGUGCCUACCUCAGUGUCCAGCUGCAUAGCAAACUGCGGCUCUUCUCUUUGCCACAGGAUAGCACUGUUCAGAACAAUGACAACCACAAGCAAGAGUGAAUUGAAGUCAUGGGUGUUGUAAGCUAGGUUUCCAUCCAAUUGCCAAAACAUAAGAAUAUUCUAAAAUCCACAUUAAAACAAUAUGCACAUUUUCCCACUAAAGAUGUUUCCAUAAAAUUGACUUGUUGGGGAUUAAAUGCCUUUAAAUUCCUUUAAUGCCUUUAAAUUCCGAUGUACAGAAUAUUUUUAAUUAAACAUUUUUUUAAAGUUAAUUGGGUUUCCAUCACAUUUUAAACUCUACCGAUGGUAUUCUCAUACAAAAAAUUGCGUUAUACGGCGUGGACUUUACUCGCAUAAAAAGGUUGGAUGGAAACCUGGUUAUAGAGAGCAAUAGUAAUGGCAUCUUUUUGAAGGCACUUAACUCGGCCAUAGCUCGUUGGUCAAAGCCUAUGGGAAAAUGAAUGUUUUUUUUGACUCAACGCCAAAAUAAGAUCUGUGGUAAAAACAGGUUUAGGAGAUCUUAUAGGUUUUGUUCUAUUAGAUCAUCUUCAUCAGCUCAUGUCAAUUUUUGUUCAUUUGAAGCAUUUAUGUAAUCAAAACAAGCACAUCAAUUCCAAUUUCCACUCAACAUGUUCAGAAUUGAAAAGGAUUGGAAGAGAAUUGGCGUUAGGAUUUCAUUGUACUUUUUGAAUUGAAAUGGAAUUGACCCCAACCCUGGUUAUCUCAUAGAACAAAAUGUGCAAGAUCUCCUAAGCCUGUGUUCACCUCAGACUCUUUCUGGUGUUUAUCCCAAAACCCCAUUCUUUCCCCAUUCAUUUCUCUUAUAGAAAUGGCUGAAAGACCACAGGUAACUAAUUUCUGUUUUUUGGGGACUACAAGCUGGCGAGCUUUAUUACUACACAUACAUGAAUGGGAUCAGAUGGGAUGUUUGUGUGGCUGCACACAGCAAUUGACAAAAGUACACACUGCAGUUGUUUGUAAACUUCACUUGGUAGGGGUAACACUGUUGAUUUUAGAAAAUGAUCAGAUUCAGAACGUCUGUAAAUAUGCCACCAAGCAUUUAGGCAUAGCUUUUAACAUCAAUGUAUUAGUGAGUAAUUACUCAGAAUAUAUAUAUUUUUUUUAUCGAAAAGAGUAUAUUUUUAUAUAGCCUAUGAACAUAACAUUACAUUUUACAUUCCACCACCAAGUGCUAACUCGUAGCCCUUCUAGUAAUUUAAUAGGAUCUCUAUGUCAUAAACUGUCAAACCUCCAGGAAUGGCAGCCAUUUUGGUCAGGGAGAAAUCCAAACCAGUCUAACUUGAAUAAACGGCAGUAGAGGUACAAUCCUGAUUUUACUUAUGCAGGAAAAUAAAAGUAAGGCAUAUGACAUAAGAAAUUGUGUAUUAGAAUUAUUGUCAACCUCAAAUAUUGUCAUAUAAUUAUAAAUUCAGUUUAUAAGGGUGUAAUACACAUUUUCUGUAUAAAUAGCCUCAAAAAUAUAUGUAAACAGACCAUAAAUGCCUCCUUGGGAAGCUGUGAGUUCUAUUAUAUGAUACAAUAUCAGUAGGCUACUUGUCGCAUUUACAACUUGUCUAAGUCCUAUCAUCAACUGAUGUCAGCCAGUGUAUGGCUGUGGGAUGUUGGCAUAUUGGCAGUUAAUUUGAGGGAAAAAAUCCUUACACUAAAGCUGGCUGGCUAGCUAGCUAACAAACACCGUGCAGAUAAAUUCUUCAAUUUUUUUUAUUUUUUUUUACACUAUCACUUCAUUGGCAAACCAUGGUUGACCAACUUCCUGACAAAAAUGGCUGACCUGUAUCCCAUCGAGGUUCAUGGCCAUUCUAGUAUUCUAAUUAUAUGUGCCAACUGCUGUUCCACACUGUAUUAUUGUCAAAAAUUGGAUUGUCAGUGCUACAUUUUGCUGUUGUCUUUCGUUUAGUUGUAUUUGUCCUGUUCCUUUCCUAUUUCCCCACACACAUUCUGAGGGUGUCUUUGUCUUCUCCUUUUCUCUCCGUCAUCAUUGUUUUAUUGCGUUGUGUCCUUGACUUAUCCUUUGUGUUGCAGUAAAUCAAUGUAUAAGGACUUGAAUAGCUGAAUUCCUUCUAAUUCCAAUUGUGAGCAUGGAUUAUACGAGAGGAUAAGGUAUUCAUUGUUUCAUUAUUUUAUAUAGGUCUAAUUACAGUAUCUUUUUUAACUACAUGAAUUAAUUUUAUAAGAUAAUAUAUAGGUGAAACUACCUUAGAGCAAACUGUUCAUGUGAUGCCAUAUUUUCAUCAGUUUGGUACCAACACAAGUUCUUUGUUACACUGGAACAAAUUAUAAGCAACUAAAACAAAAUAUCUCAAUAAAUGCAAGCCAUAAUGCA